AUGGUUAGAAUUUCAGUUUUGAACGACUGUCUUAAUAAUAUUGUCAAUGCAGAAAAACGUGGCAAACGUCAAGUGUUAGUUCGACCUUCGUCUAAGGUCGUCAUCAAAUUUUUAAGUGUAAUGCAAAAGCAUGAGUAUAUCGGUGAAUUCGAAGUAAUUGAUGAUCAUCGAUCUGGAAAAAUCGUUAUUCAGCUAAACGGUCGACUGAACAAAUGUGGAGUCAUAUCACCUCGCUUCAAUAUUAAAUUAGUGGAUCUCGAAAAAUGGGUCAACAAUUUGUUACCUUCACGUCAGUUUGGUUACUUAGUUUUAACCACAAGUGCUGGAAUUAUGGAUCAUCACGAAGCUAGACGAAAGCAUAUUGGUGGAAAACUUCUUGGUCUGUAA